AUGAUGGCGCCAGCUAACAAUCCCUUCGGGGCGCCUCCAGCGCAGGUCAACAACCCUUUCGCCUCUCCAGCCCCGUCUAAUCAAGGUUCAUCCGUCUUCGGAGCGCCAGCACAAAGUACCUUCGGCGCGCCCUCAUCCAACAAUCCUUUCGGUGCGUCUUCUGCGAAACCAUCUGGUGCACCGGCCGCGAAUCCGUUCGGUGCCCCGAUCAAGAACCCUUUCGGUGCUUCCGCUCAGAACGCCCAGAACAAACCGUUCGGCGCUCCAACCGCAGGGAACGGGUCUUCCUUGGCCGCUGCGAAUCCAUUCGGAGCCGCAUCCGGCCAGACGUCUGCAUUUGGCAGUACGCCUGCUGGUUCCGCACCCCAGUCAAAAGGGUCGAGUCGCCAGCCGUCUCCUGCUGGUCGUCAGAAUCAGUCUGGCAGGCAACAAGCCAACCUCGUCGGCGCUCCCCAGGGGCCUAGUGGCAAGAAACGAACACCAUCACCUUUCGACACCCGACAACGAACUCAAGCUCCGAGUAAAAGAGCACAAGCGUCAGAAGAGAGUGACUCAGACGCCAUGAGCGGUCGCAAGAGCAAGGGAAAGGGUUUCGGCGGGCUUAAGUCGCAGCCGCCAGCCGCAAAUAAAGCGACUAAUAACGCUAAUACAACUGGUUUUGCUGGGCGAACGAACCGGAACUCCCAGGAAGCCACUCCGUUUGCGGAUCUGAAGUCAACUUUGAAAAAGAUUGCCGGCCAAGAGACCGAGAAGUUCACGAAGAAGGCCAAACCAGGAGAAAAGAAUAAGAAGCCAGAGCGUCAGGUGCGCUUCCAACCCACUUCCCAGGUUAACGGCAACAAGAAUGGCCCGAUGCGCGAACCGACUGAGCGGACCAAAGAGCUGUCGACUUUUGCGUAUGAAUAUGCGAACGACCUCUUGGGACACCUGAAGAAAGAGAACAUCAAUCCCCCGCAAUGGCCGGCCGAGCCCGGUAAUCCGAACAAGCGCGGUGCUAUUGAGAGCCUCAAAGAAGCUUAUAAGAAGUACCGCGCCCGUGUAUAUGCUUCACUGAGAAAAGCCGACAAGAUCGACGAUCCGGAAAAGAGGAGAAAGCUCGAGGAUGCUCUGCCUUUCAAGGGCAUCUGCGAGGAUAUGUGCCCAGAGUUUGAACAGGUGUCUCGUAUUGCUGAGUACGAUGUCAUGACGGAGGAGAAGUCGGUCGGUCCUGAUGGCCAUACUCUGUGGCCCGAUCCGGCCAAGAUGGUGAAGAAGUUUGGUCGCUCAGCUGCCGGUCAAGAUGCGCCCCUGCCCAUGGAUGUGCGUACCGUUGACGCGCUUCGGAGGACGACCGACUACCUAUUUAAUGACCUCUUGCAAUCCGAGAACAACCUACCUGCCAUGCACAACUUCCUUUGGGAUCGGACGAGAGCCGUUCGCAAGGAUUUCACCUUCCACUCGCAGAAGACGGCCGAGGAGAUGAAGGACAUGGUCUACUGCUUCGAAGCCAUCGCCCGGUUCCACGCCAUCGCUCUUCACCUGCUAUCGAGGAAAGGCUUCGCCAAUGAGGACUUCGACCAGAAGCAGGAGAUUGAGCAGCUCGGCCGCACCAUCCUAUCGCUGAUGGAGGCCUAUGAUGUUUGCAGGGACAUGAAGGUCCCAUGCGAAAACGAGCCCGAGUUCAGGGCGUACUACUUGCUCCUGAAUGCUGGUGACCCCGCCAUAGCAAAACGGAUACCUACCUGGGGCAAGGAGUACUGGUUUGAGUCGGAGGAGGUGCAGACCGCGCUGUCUCUUAUCCACACGAUGGAGGAUGUCCGAGAACCCAAGGGUCCUAUCAAGCCCCGGAAAGGGACAACUCUUUCGGAUACUUCCUUCACAAACUACUUCGCCAUUGUCGAGGACCCCCGCGUGUCUUACACCAUGGCCUGCAUUGCCGAAAUCCACUUCACCACGGUACGCCAGGGUAUCCUUCGGAACCUGGUUCGCUGCUACGCCCGCCACCGCGAUGCCCCGAGAACUAUCACAGCCUCUGAUCUCAACGCCAUGCUGCGUUUCGACACACCUGAGGAGGCUGUCGAGUUUGCCGAGCUCCACGAGUUCGAGUUCACGACCUGGGUCCCCGACGGGAAGCCUGAGGUCAAGGAACCAUAUCUCCUUCUCAACCAGAAAAAGAAGAUUGUGCCAUCGCCCCGUGUACGUCAGUCGUUUUCGGCUCAGAUUGUGGAGAGGAAGCGUCAAGGGCAGCCACUACCUUUCGUUAUCUACAACACCGUCUACGAGGAGAUGUCGGAGAAGCCGGCCGGGUCGAUCGAUGAUGAUGGCAGUCCGGAUAGUCUAUUUGUCAGCCAGAAGUCUCCGGAGCUGACGAGGUCUGUUUUUGGCGCUCCUUCUACGACUACCCCGUCGUUUUUCAAUGCCCCUUCGGCGGCAUCAACGACAGCUGCGCCGUCGACAGGGACAGUGGCCUCAUCAAUCUUUAGCUUUCCGACAACAUCCAGCACUCCCCAGCUUAGAGCCACAUCAAGCACAGGCACAACGAGCCAGCUGUCGGCCUUUGGAAGCGCCCAGUCUUCACAGCCGGCGAGCUCGACAACCACCACAAGCGUGUUUGGAGGCUUCGGCAAGCCUGCCGAGCCCGCUACCACGGAGAGUCCCUUCUCUUCCUUGAGCCAACCAACCACCACGACCAUGACCACCACUCCGGCUGCUGCUCCCAAGCCGAAUUUUCCUGCUGAACCUCCCAAGCAACCCGAACAAGCAGCUACCAGUUCGACAACUACGUCCCCAAAGACUGCUGACAAGAAUCCUUUCUCUUUCCUCAAAAACAACGACGUCCUAGCAAAACAACCUUCUACAUCGUUUGUCUUUCCUUCUACCUCGACGCUCUCUGGUAGCGCUGCCACCCCAACACCUUCUAUCUCUACCACUACGACAUUCGAUGCUACGACAAAACCGACCGCUUCAACUCAGACUUACCAGUUCGGGGCAGCUCCUGCAGGUGGUUCUUCUCUCUUCCCGACGGCAACGCCAACCAAGUCGGCAGAUAAGCAACCUGUCACUUCAGCAUCCAUCCCAUCUAUCACGGUCACACCACCUCCCACUUCGACUCCGGCCACGUCAGCCGAAAGUAAGCCUACUCUCCCUGCAGCGCUGCCUGCAAUCUUCGGACAGCAACCCCUUCCUCCCGCCUCGACAUCACAACCAUCGCUGUUUGCUUCUAUCAAGCCUGCAGCAUCCCCGACCAAACCUCAAGAGCCGCCGCCACCUCCUAAGCCUAAGCGGGAUCUAAUGGCGGAUUUCACGAAAUGGUUUGUCACGGGAGACGGAGGCAUCAUGGAAGAAUUUACUGAGGAAACAUUACGUCACCUGCUCUGGGACGUUUGGCAGCGUCACCAGCGUGAGGAAGCCGAAAGAAAGCGCAAGGCCGAAGAGGAGGAAUCAUGGCGCCUGGCUCGGGAGCACCUUACACAUCGGUUGCAGGUUAAGUACUUUUACCGUUGGCGCGAAAAGGCACGCGCUCUUGCCACAAAGCGCUUACUGCGCGAGGGCAAAGAAAAGAUGCGCCUUUACCGCGAACAACAACGCCUGCUUCAAAAACAACGGCUUGAAGAACAGCGCAAGGCGGAAGAGGAAGCUCGCAGAAAGGCCAAGCGCGAAAUCAUGGAAGACGCCCAGCACUUCAGCUUCCUCGCAUCCCAGAUUCGUGCGCGACGCGCCAGCAGCAUGGCCUACAGCGCCGACCAGACUGAGGAGCAAUUGGUUGCGAGCGGCAUCUUUUCUGGGUUGAAUGAGGAUCCGCAUGCGAUUGCGCGUAGUGUUGUGCGCGAAGCACGCGCUGCUGAGAUGAAUGGCAGCUAUGCAGUGACCGAUGCCGCGUCGGUCACGCCAUCUCGAUCGACCUUUCGGUAUCCUGAGUCGGAUCUUGAGCUCGAGCCUGCGCCUUCACAUCAUGGGUCCGAUACUGCUAGCAGCAUUGGCGGCCGGCGUGAGGGAUGGAAGACGCGUUCGCUGCGUGAGAAACUGGGUAUUGGCGUGCCGAAGUUUGAUGGCCGGCGGAGUUUGUCGGGCACGUUUUCGGCUGAUGGACUGAACAGCUUCCGGCAGUCGCUGCGUUCAUCGGUUGGGAGUAGUGUCAAUGGAAGGGCUACUAACUUUUCUGUUGCAGCUGCUGCACGGAAGAGGAAUUCGGAGGAGUUGUCAGGUGAUGAGAUUGAUACUAUGAGUCUUGGUGGCGCGGCGAGGAAGAGGAGGGCGUUGUUUGGGUCGUCGGUUGCGAGCAUCUCGAGUGCCAUUGGCAGUUUGUCGAAGUCUCGGCAUUGGGAACUGCGCGCUCGCGGGUUUGUCCCCAUGCCCGAUGGCGCUUGGCUUCCAGAGGCUGUCGCAAAGCUGCGCAGAGAGCAGGCCGAGCGCCAGCGGAAAGAAGAAGACGAACGGAAGCGGCGCGAGGAGCAACUACGGCAGCUGCAAGAGCAACAGCAAGACGAUGAUGAGCCCGAGUUUCCUUUCCAGCGCGAGGAGUCACCUACCAAGCUCUCAACCGGCGAACUGCGCGCCCGUCUGGCUAAGCUAAAAGAAUACAAAGAACAACGCAGCAAGGGCUUGCGCAACAGCAUCGACCUCGGCACUCAUUCCCCUCUGCACCCAACCGAUCCCUUCCAACAGCAGGAAGUUACCCUGCACCAGAAGCGCAAACGCGACGCUAACACCGCCGCCUUUGACGAAGAGCGUGCAUCGCGAUGCUCACCCUCCGACAAGGAAGCUGACGCCAAAGCAAGAGGCUACUCCCCGAUCUCGACGUCGCGUAAGCGUCUCAACCUCAACGAUACGCCCACUCGAAGCUGGAGCCACCACCACAACUCUUCUUCUACCACCCCGACAUUUGUUCGCCCUCCGCUGCCUCCCCAGUACCAGCAACAUCAGCCUGAGUCCUCGCCGCCCCCGCCGCUGGCGGUUAGGCCGUUUACGACUGUUGAGGCAGCGGCGGCUGCACGGGCGGCCUCGCCGAGUACAACGCCGACAGGUGUCCCGACGGUGUCGGUACUGGGGAGGGAGGAAACAGCUGCUAUGGUGGAGGAUACGUGGAGGAUGUUGAGGGAACUGCAUGAGUGUAUGGAUCAGUUGGAGGAGAAGGAUAGGGAGGAGAGACCGGUUAUGGGGAUGAAGGGAUAA